AUGGCAGAAACCGCACCAGCCGCUGCUCCUCCCGCCGAACCGGCCGCCAAGUCCAAGAAGCAGCCGAAGAAAUCAGCCGCAGGGGGCGCUAAGAAAAGCCACAAACCCUCCGGUCCCAGCGUGUCCGAGCUGCUCGUUAAAGCCGUGUCCGCCUCUAAGGAGCGCAGUGGGGUGUCUCUGGCCGCCCUGAAGAAGGCUCUGGCUGCCGGAGGAUACGAUGUAGACCGAAACAACGGCCGCCUGAAGCUGGCCAUCAAGGGGCUGGUGACCAAGGGAACCCUGCUCCAGGUGAAAGGCAGCGGCGCCUCCGGAUCCUUCAAGAUCAACAAGAAGCAGCAGGAGACUAAGGACAAGGAGGCCAAGAAGAAGCCGGCGGCUGCGGCCAAGAAACCUGCAGCAGCUAAGAAA